AUGUCUAUCCGCCUUUCGGAUAUGUUUGAUCUAAUGUGGAAACCGCCAAGAGGGCCGCCCAUAGUUAAGCGCCGCCCGCUUGACAAGAUGCUUCCGGAGAACUUCAAGUAUUUCAGAAAUUGGGGCUUCACAAUCUACCGCACGUACUACGGUGCCGAGUCCGACGAGCAGUGGAACACGCUUGUUACAAUUCUGCGACAUCAAACCUCCCUUGGCCUUGGAUUGCUUGAGUCGGAAGAGCUGCGCGAGGACGAUGAUGAAUGGAUUAAACGAAAGCUGUUCCGUCUUUUUCCACAAGAAGAUGCAUUGCUCCUUGAUGGUCUGGAUAUCGCCGGAGUGCGAGAAGUGUGCGCUAAGGAACACGCUGAAGCAACGGAGAAAAUGGCUGGAGCUUUCUUUAAAUUUGCACUUGUUGCAGAUAAGGCAGUGCUCAAGGAUAUUGCCAACUACCGUUUCGUUGUCAAAGCAGUUGAUUACGAUUGGGACCCGCGCGACUCCAGAGGCAACCCAGGCUGGAUCCAGCUUUUUACGGGUGAUCUACUGGCGCUUUGGGGGGUACUUUUCGUCGCGUACUUGAUGGAUACAAACCGAUACAUGGAGUUGGUGGACUGGGAUGACGAGAACGAUGUCUGGUUCGCCAAUGGAUUCAUGGCUCCAUUUGGCGACUGUUCUCAGGUUCAGAUCGCAAAGGACGACCUAUUCAAUGCUAGAUUCAGAUUUGAUCCGUAA